UCGUAAGGGUCUCCUUGGUCUCACAGGUGGACGGCGGCCCACUACCCAGCAGCCACCAUUCCCGCCCCAGAGAGCUCCACGCUGGCAGCGCAGCCCCUUCCACGGCUCAGCAUUGGGAGGAAGACCCUGGUAGCCGCCGCCGUGGGGGUCAUGCUAGUCCUGGUGUUGGUGGUCCUCAUCCCUGUGCUGGUCAGCACGGUGGGCACAGACGACACCAGCCACUUUGAGAUGCUAGGAACCUGCCGAAUGGUGUGCGACCCUUAUCUGGACUCGGGGGGUACAGGCACAGCAACAACCGCCACAGGGCUCCAAGCAGAAGUGGAGGCAGAGGCGCUGAGCGACCACAGCAUCGGCCCUCCUUUGCCAACCUAUGGCGGCGAUGGUCCGCUGGGAAAGCCCGGGCGUCCGGGAAAACCGGGACCACCGGGACCACCCGGAGAGCCUGGUCCUCCAGGGCCCAAGGGACCCCCGGGGGACAGAGGAGACACUCUGAAAACUGGGAUACUGGGUCUCGGGGGCCAAGGAGCCAUCACCACGGCUACCUACAGCACAAUGCCGCGGGUAGCUUUCUACGCGGGCCUCCGGAACCCACAGGAGGGCUACGAGGUGCUUAAGUUCGACGACGUGGUCACCAACCUGGGGGAUAACUAUGACGGUUCGCUUGGCAAGUUCACGUGCAAGAUCCCUGGCACCUACUUCUUCAUCUACAAUGUGCUGAUGAGGGGAGGGGAUGGCACCAGUAUGUGGGCAGACCUGUUAAAGAACGGCCUGGUCAGGGCCAGUGCCAUAGCCCAAGACCAGGAUCAGAGUUAUGAUUACGCCAGCAACAGUGUCAUCCUUCAUUUGGACGCCGGGGAUGAGGUCUUCAUCAAACUGGACGGGGGUAAAGCCCACGGGGGUAACAGCAACAAAUACAGCACCUUCUCAGGGUUCAUCCUCUACGCUGACUGAUGGGGGGGGGUCACAGGGGAUUCACUUCCUGUCUUUCACACCUCACUCCCAUUCAUUCUCCAUACAUGCCUCCAUUUUUUAAAUGGGGUGCCUCUUAUCAUUGUGAAGAUGCAGGAAUGUCUGUCAACGACAGUUAUACACUAGUGGUCGGUCUGUCAGUCGUGACGCUGACAUGCUGGUGACAUUUUGACAGUGCAGAAAAGCAGCGCUGUUGCCUACCUAGAGCUGCAUAAUUUCAAAUGUAAGUCUGAAAUGAAAAGGUGACUGUAUAGUGUAUAAACAAUCUGUACCGUUUAAACUGGCCAUGAAACAGUAAUGUUUUACUUUUUUUUCAUUAGCUGUGCUUGACUUAGCUCCCUUGGCGUAGUGCAGCGGAAACAAUGGAAUCAUUCUAAACAUGCUAUUGGUACAAAAGGUCGGCUCAAUCAUACUAUUUAAAUCCUGCUGUAUUACUUUUACAUUGUAAACCCACAUUAAAGGGUACAUUCAUCCAAAUAACAAAACUACAAGUGUUCAUCUUCCCUGUAAGUCAUCUUGGACAAGUAAAGAAAGUAUGCUUUGGUUUUGUUUACCUCGUAAGUAACAAUAUCCGAAUUACCAUGUUUAACAUUUUCUUUUAACAAUUGUUUUACGAUUUCUUCCUAAAUCAACCAAAUAAACAAUGUUUAACAGGGUAAGGAAACA